AUGACCGAGACGGAGGUGGGGGGUUCGACAUCACUCCUCACCCCCCAUCCUUCGGAUCAUGACUGUACCCUGCUGCUCGGGGACAGUAGCGACAACACCGCUGCACAAGACUCUGCACAAGACUUGGCCAUCACGACGGAGAUUGCUGCACCAACGGAGUCUGCUGCACCGAUUACUGCACAAGCUAAUGUCGAGGCCCCUACCUUGCCGCUAGCCACCCACUCCAUGCAGGGUGUCUCCUCGUCAAUGCUGUUGACUGCGGCACCUGCACCCCUCCUUGGCUCUCUGUUGGAGGACGGGCAGUCUUCGUCUACACCUGCUGCACCAUCCGUGAAGCAGAUGGGGGCUGCUGUCCCACCGUCCAAUACGCUGGAGGAAUCCCCACCCCCCUUGGCCAGGGACGCUGUGGUGGCAAGCGCUGCCCCUUCUGCUGCUUCACCACCAAAUGCUGGACUCAUCAAACUCGCUCAAGUUGCCGCACCUAUCAAAGAACUACGCCGGAGCAACAGAAUCGCAGCGAUGGCGGAUGUGCAUGCCCUUCACAAGGCCGACCGGUUGACAACAAAGAAGAACCUCGAAUUUCCAGCUAUAUGGGCUGAAGAUCAACUUCCACAAGAGCGAAAUCUUCUGUUAUGCUACUGCUGCUACAUCGCUCUUGGAGGCAACGAGCAUGGGUUUGCCGUGGUGCAACGCAGGUCUUAUGAUUCAGAAACAGUAUGCUCAGCAUCCAAAGUGAACCUGGAGCCGAGCAGCGCCACUGUGUCAAUGUCACUAGUGCACCGGUACGGCCCAUGCGCGCCGUCACAGUACUCUAACGUGCCGACGCCGUCCAUCUCCGAGACGCUCCGCCGUAGCCGCGCCCGCACGAACUACAUCAUGAGCCAAGCGUCCAAGAGCAUGGGCAUGGGCAUGGCGAGUACACCAGACGACGAUGAUGCCGCCGUGACCAUCCCGACCCGCCUAGGCGGUUUUGUGGACUCGCUAGAGUACGUCGUCACGCUGGGCUUCGGCACGCCGUCCGUGCCGCAGGUGCUCCUCAUGGACACCGGCAGCGACGUCUCGUGGGUGCAGUGCACGCCGUGCAACUCCACCAAGUGCUACCCGCAGAAGGAUCCUCUCUUCGAUCCAAGCAAGUCCUCCACGUACGCUCCCAUCGCCUGCAACACCGACGCGUGCCGGAAGCUCGGAGACCACUACCACAACGGCUGCACGAGCGGCGGCACCCAGUGCGGAUACUCCGUCGAGUACGCCGACGGUUCGCAUUCGAGGGGCGUGUACAGCAACGAGACGCUGACACUCGCUCCGGGGAUCACCGUCGAGGAUUUCCAUUUCGGCUGUGGCCGCGACCAGCGCGGUCCCAGCGACAAGUACGACGGCCUCUUGGGUCUUGGAGGCGCCCCGGUGUCGCUCGUCGUGCAGACGUCUUCGGUUUACGGCGGCGCCUUCUCGUACUGCCUCCCGGCGCUGAACAGCGAAGCCGGGUUCCUAGUCCUCGGCUCGCCGCCGAGCGGCAACAAGUCGGCCUUCGUGUUCACUCCGAUGCGGCACCUGCCGGGGUAUGCAACGUUUUACAUGGUGACGAUGACAGGCAUCAGCGUGGGAGGGAAGCCGCUGCACAUCCCGCAAUCGGCGUUCCGUGGUGGCAUGAUCAUAGACUCCGGCACGGUCGACACGGAGCUCCCAGAAACAGCGUACAACGCGCUGGAGGCAGCACUGCGGAAGGCCUUGAAGGCGUACCCCCUGGUGCCAAGCGAUGACUUUGACACCUGCUACAACUUUACGGGUUACAGCAAUAUCACCGUGCCGAGGGUCGCGUUCACGUUCAGUGGCGGCGCCACCAUCGACCUCGACGUCCCCAAUGGGAUUCUGGUGAACGACUGCCUCGCCUUCCAGGAGUCAGGGCCAGACGACGGUCUCGGCAUCAUCGGCAACGUGAAUCAGCGCACUCUAGAGGUGCUGUACGAUGCUGGCCGUGGUAACGUCGGAUUCCGAGCCGGUGCAUGCUGA